UUAUUACUGGCUACGCGGUAUGUAAGUUAACCCAACCAUUUUAUUAGUAAAUUUAUAAAAUAACUAGGUUCGUAGUAAUGGUUACAGUAAAGUCAUGUUAAGCAAUUCUAUAUGCAAACUUAGUUAUAACGCAUAAAUUACCUAGUAAAACUUACUAAAAUAUCUAGUAACAGUAACUAAAUCCUCAUAGUGAGUCCAUCCAAUCAUACAAAUUUUAUAUUUCCCGGGCACUCAUUGUUGUCAAUUGUCAUUUCAGAAUUCCGCUUCCGCCUGUCCGCCAUGAUUGAUGUGGGGGAUCAAAACGUGGUAGUGACUCGUGUCGUCGUUUUUGUUCUUUCUUUUCCUUUUGUUUCUCGAUUGUGUCGGUGCCGCGUUUGAUGCGCGUUGUGGGACGUUAUUUUAAUUUUAUACUUGGAAUUGAAGAAAAGAAAGAAUUUUAUACUUUGUAAUGGAAUUUGAAAACCAUUUAAAGGCCUGGGGGCUGCAAGAUUUUUUCCAAGCUUUUCGAGAUGAGAGUAUAACUGAUGAAAGUUUCGAUUUAAUCAAUGAAGACACAAUUAACAAAAUCUUUACCAAAGCAGGUCCAAAACUGAUAUUUCAAAAACACUAUACAGCUUAUAAAAGAAGCUUAGACAAGAUUCCACUUGAUGCAACUAAUAUCACUGUGAUUCCUCUAGAGGAGCCUCUCUUAAUAGACCUAAAUAAAGAGAUCAGUUUCUCUGAAACUGAUAUUGAUAGUUUAUCAUCCAGAUGCUUAAUGGAAACUCCAUCUACAAGCAGCUUUUUAGAUGUUUCAGAUUCUAACAAUGAAAAUGUUUUAUCUGAAGAUAUAUGCAGACCUAAAAGAUUAAAAACCUAUAAAAGUAUUUUUUGUGGGGGCAUUGAGGCAGCUUUAAAAAAAAGCAUUGAUGGUCAGAUUGUUUUGGCCAAUAAAAAUCAUUUAAAUAAUGACCAUAGGCAGAAAUUGGUAAAAGCACUUAUUAAUGAGAUGAUGGCAGUAUUUGGCCCUGAAUUAAGAGCCAGUACAUUCAUGCAAGUAUCAGAGGAAAUUGAAGACUUUUUUAUAAAUGAAGAGGCUGCAGCCUACUAUAUCCCCUAUAUACCAGGAGGAAAAAAUAAGAAAGGGAUAAAUCCUCGUGGUAAACUUUGGAGUAGAUUUUGUAAUGUCAAGAAAGCCUUGAGAGGUGCAAAUUCUUGUAUGGUUAGGGCAGAAGUAAAUUAUAAAAGUCCUGAAAAAACAGUGGAGUUGUUAGAAAGUCAUAAUUUUAUAAAAUUAGCUGUUGAGCCUUUAGAAAAAGUUAAAGAAGCAUGGAUUAAUACAUAUAGAAUAAGACAAAAAGAGUUUUUGGGAGUUGAUUUAUCAACCAUUUUUCUAACAUAUCCUUGUUUGUGCCAAAACUAUGGUAUUGAACUAAUUGAACUUGAUUUUGAGACCAAAUUUCCUAAACAUAAAAAAGUACUAUAUGAAACAUGGCCAAAAAUUUCACCUGCUCUAUUUAAGGAAUAUGAGGAAAAGAAAAUUGACUCAAGAGAUUUUCAAUUUAAAGAUCCAGCACUCCAACAAAUCACUUUGUUACCAUAUCUUUUUCGAACAGUAAAUGUGAAAAGUUCGAGAAAAGGUUUGCACUGGAGGCCAUCCAGAUCAGAAGUUUUAGAAAGUUUCUUCUUAAUCAUACAUAAUUUCGAUGAAUUAGAACAACGCAUCAAACAAAGGCAAGAAAAACUGAAACGCUAUGGAACAACAUUACAGCCCCUUGCAGUAGUUGUAUGUGGUGCAGGGAAGGAAGAUUUUUACAUUGUGGUUGAGGAUAUAAGGUACAAAGUUGAUACAGCUCUAAGGACUCUUGAGUUAUUAUUUAAGCUUUUUAAUUCCAUGGAUAUUGACUAUCCUGCAGAAAGUGAACAUAUUUGGAUUUUUAUUCAUCAGAUACUAUUUAAUUUAAAAUCUGAAAAGAAAAACCCAUCAUCCGAAGCUGCUAUAGCAGACAUAAAAUAUUACUUACAACUAUAAUGAUUGGUACAAACCUAAAGAAGAAUAAACUUUUUGGAUUCA